GCCCAUAGCCUGUGUGACAUGAACACGCCCAGCAGCAGCUGCCGUGACAGCUGAUGGUGCUGAUGUCAUUCCUGGACGCCUUGUCCCAUCACCAGACUGAGAAGUUUACAGGCUUUCAGUUUUUUUAAGGAUGGCGCUUGUUAAAAGCGGGUGUCUUCACAGACAGAGCACCAUCUUGCGUCGCUGGAAGAAAAAUUGGUUUGAACUCUGGUCAGAUGGCCGUCUCAUUUUCUAUGACGACCAGUACCGGCGUAACGUGGAGGGUGAGAUCCACAUGAAAGUGGACUGUAUCAACAUUCGCAGUGCCACCGCUUGCAGAGAGCUGACCCCUCCUGAAGGGAAAGGUAGACAUUCCCUUUUUCAGAUCGUGUGCCGCUGUGGACGAGUCAUCAGCCUGUGUGCACAGAGUGCUGCUGAUGCACUUGCGUGGACCAUGGCCCUGCAGGAUGCCAGAGUCAACACUGUGGUGGCAGCACGUCAUUUUGGGUUUACUCAGGAAGUUAUUGCCUCCGCCCCCCCUUCUUACUGGGACUUGAACCCAAAUCGUCAGGUCUUAUUUGUGAGCAGGUGUACUACCCAGACCAGUACGGCGGCUACGUGCCUCAUCCCUCUCCCUACUACCAUCAAGGAGUUUACCAUCCACAUGAAGUCAGUCACAUCAUCAUUGAAGAGCAUCGCCGUGACGAUGCAGCCGAUUUGGGUCUUGGGGUGCUAGCUGGUGCAGCAACAGGAUUGGCUAUUGGUUCCCUGUUCUCUGUCUUUUAAUGUGCCUGUAGAAGUUUGAUCCAGUGUUUCCUCUACCUGCAGUUCAGACAGGUGUUCUGUUACUGCUUUAGUGUUGCUGCAACCGCUGCGCACCUUAAUACAUUUAGUUGUGGUGUUUGUGAUGUCUGGCGGUUAAUUCCUCUAGGUACCAAAGCAUAAUGGUAGCAGUUACAAUUGGAGGGCUGUAGAACUGAGUUUUGAAUUUGCAUUGCUAGGUAUGACAUGACUGAAGAGUUGUAAAUGAAAUAUCGUGCAAAGGCAUCACGGUGGCUGUCUACAAAAGCUGGGUCACCUGUUUGGAUACCCUUUUUAGGGUGGGGUGGUUUUUUUUGGGGGGGGGGGGGUUUAUUAAAUGACGCAUGGAUAUGGAUUUUUCUUUAUUGGUUUGAGAUGACUUGUAGACAGGCCUGGGAAUUGGUUAUUGAGGACCAAGAUGUCUUUAGGAUACGAUGGUGCUUCGCAGCUUAAACAAAAACUACUGAAAGUGGUCACUUUGCCAAAUAUUAGCUUAUGUUGCAGUGCAUUAAUUGAGGCUUUAAUAAAAAUUUAAGACUUUGAAAUGGGUUGGUAUUUAUAAUGUUGCUUUUUAUAAGCCUUGUUUCAGACACUUGUUUUGAAGAGUAUUGUUGACUUACCUAGUUAAUCAGCUGUUUUUGAACAGGUGUGUGUGUGUUGGGCUGUUAUGACUUUGUAUGUGCGUAGACUUACAAUUUAAUCUCGUCCUUUCAUGAACUCUUUACCUAACUGCGAAGAGUGAUGGAAUUAAAAGGCUAAGAAUGUACAUGAGCCAUUAAAUUGUGGCUA